GGGACAGGAGUGAGGGGGCGGAGUCUGGCAGGUGAUUGGCUGAUGAUAUGUGACAGACAGUUCCCCCGGCAGCAGGAGACAGUGAGUGUGAGCGAGUGAGAGAGAAAUGUGCUGGAUGUGUGAGUCGCAGGGAUCCCUUACACUGGCACCCCAUGGCACCCCGACUUACCUGCCUGCUCUGUGUCUGCUUCUCCCUGGCCCCCCGCUCCGCUCCCACCAGCAAUGAAGUGAAUUUGUUACAGACGGAGACAAUUGCUGGAGACUGGCGCUGGUUCACCUCCCCCCCACAUGGGUGGGACUCCAUCAGUGAAAUGGACGAGUUUUUCAGGCCCAUUCACACGUACCAAGUGUGUAACGUCAUGUCUCCCAACCAGAACAACUGGCUCCGGACCAGCUGGGUGCAACGUGAGGGGGCUCGCCGGGUCUACGUGGAGAUCAAGUUCACCCUGAGAGACUGCAAUAGCAUGCCGGGGGUGUCGGGCACCUGCAAGGAGACCUUUAACCUCUACUACCUGGAGACUGACCGGGACCUGGGCAGCAGCACCACAGAGACCCAAUUCAUGAAGAUCGACACCAUCGCGGCAGAUGAGAGUUUCACCAACGUGGACCUUGGGGUGCGGAGACUCAAGUUAAACACAGAGGUCCGUGGGGUCGGGCCCCUCACCAGGCGGGGGUUCUACUUGGCCUUUCAGGACAUUGGGGGGUGCAUUGCCAUCGUGUCAGUGCGGGUUUAUUAUAAGAAGUGCCCCCCCAUGGUGAGGAAUUUGGCGGCGUUUUCUGAGGCCGUAACUGGCUCCGACUCUUCUUCUCUGGUGGAGGUGCAAGGGGAGUGUGUGGGGAACUCAGAGGAGAGAGACCCCCCAAAGAUGUAUUGCAGCUCCGAGGGGGAAUGGCUGGUUCCCAUUGGCAAAUGCGUCUGCAGUGCCGGAUUCGAAGAGCAGAGCGACUCGUGUGUAGCCUGUGACCUCGGCUACUACAAGUCCUUCCCCGGGGAUCAGCCGUGCUCCAAGUGCCCCCCAUUUAGCCAUUCUGAGACCCUCGCUGCCCGACUCUGCCCCUGUGACACCAACUACUACCGCUCCUCAUCCGACCCACCUUCUGCCCCCUGUACACGCCCCCCCUCUGAUCCGAUGAAUCUCAUCUCCAGCGUCAAUGGCACCUCUGUGACGUUGGAUUGGACCCCACCUCUGGACACAGGUGGGCGCAGGGAUGUCACAUACAAUGUCAUUUGCCGGCGCUGUGCUUGGGAUGCGGGUCAGUGUGAGCCCUGUGGGGGUGGGGUCCGUUACACCCCCCAACAGAUGAGCCUAGCAAAGACCUCCCUUACAGUGGCAAAUCUCCAGGCCCACAUGAACUACACUUUCUGGGUGGAGGCCAUCAACGGGGUGUCUGACUUUAGCUUGGAGCCACGGAUGUUCUCCUCAGUGAAUAUAACCACCAACCAGGCAGCCCCUUCCCAGGUUUUAGCCGUUCAGCAAGAGAAGGCCUGGCAGACCAGCAUCAGACUUUUGUGGCAGGAACCAGAACAACCCAACGGCAUUAUCUUGGAGUAUGAGAUUAAAUACUAUGAAAAGGACAAGGAGAUGCAGAUCUAUUCCACCCUCAAAGCCAAGGAGACAAGAGCCAUUGUGUCUGGACUCAAGCCGGCAACCCGCUAUGUGUUCCAGGUUAGGGCCCGCACCUCGGCUGGAUGUGGGAGGUUCAGCCAGACAGUGGAAGUGGAGACCAGUAAAGCCAUGGCCCUUCGCUACGACACCAGGACCAUCGCGUGGAUCUGUCUUAUUCUCAUUACUGGCCUCGUUAUUCUCCUGACUGUUCUCAUUUGCAAGAAAAGACACUGUGGAUACAGCAAGGCCUUCCAGGACUCGGAUGAAAAGAAAAUGCAGAAUGGACACAUUACCCUGGCUUCGUCCAAGUUGUACGUGGAUCCACACACAUAUGAAGACCCGUGCCAGGCCGUGCACGACUUUGCACGAGAGAUUGAAACCUCUAGGAUUAAAAUUGAGAAGAUUAUUGGAUCAGGAGAGUUCGGGGAGGUUUGCUAUGGGCGCCUAAAGGUGCCAGGCAAGCGGGAGAUCCCAGUGGCCAUCAAGACCCUAAAAGCCGGUUACAGCGAGAAGCAAAGGCACGACUUCCUGAGCGAGGCCAGCAUUAUGGCGCAGUUUGACCACCCGAAUAUCAUUCGCCUGGAAGGGGUAGUAACAAGAAGCAAACUAACAAUGAUUGUUACAGAAUAUAUGGAGAAUGGAUCUCUGGAUUCCUUCCUUAAGAGUCAUGAUGGGCAGUUUAACAUACUCCAGCUGGUGGGUAUACUGAGGGGCAUUUCUGCUGGCAUGAAGUACCUCUCUGACCUGGGCUAUGUCCAUCGUGAUUUGGCUGCCCGCAACAUCCUGGUCAACAGUAACUUGGUCUGCAAGGUUUCUGACUUCGGCCUCUCGCGGAUUUUGGAGGAUGACCCUGACGCUGCUUAUACAACCACGGGGGGCAAAAUUCCCAUUCGCUGGACAGCUCCUGAAGCCAUUACUUACCGCAAGUUCUCCUCAGCCAGUGACGUGUGGAGCUUCGGGAUAGUCAUGUGGGAGGUCCUAGCGUAUGGCGAGAGACCAUACUGGAACAUGACCAACCGAGAUGUGAUCAAUUCAGUGGAGGAAGGGUACCGUCUUCCUGCCCCCAUGGGCUGCCCCACACCGUUGCACCAACUCAUGCUGGAUUGUUGGCAGAGAGAUCGGAAUGAUCGGCCUCGGUUUUCCCUUAUUGUCAGUGUUCUAGAUAAGCUCAUGCGCAAUCCAGAGAACCUCAAGGCCAGUGCUACUGUUAGCAGAUUCACCCACCCGAGGUUGGACAGAGGCCACUUUGACAUUUCUAGUUGUGCCAGAGUGGAUGACUGGUUGGAUUCCAUCAAGAUGGCACAAUAUAAGGAGAACUUUGUGAUGGGUGGAUACUCUUCCCUGGGACUGGUCAUGAGAAUGAAUAUAGAUGACAUCCAGCAGCUGGGCAUCUCUCUAGUUGGGCACCAGAAGAAGAUUCUCACCAGUAUCCAGAUCAUGAGAGCUCAACUCAUCAACACCCUGGGGCCCCGAAUGCACUUGUGAUGGUGUGUGCCUCUAGAUGGAACCAAGGAAGGAGGCCUGCUGGGGCAUUUAACCCUGUAACAAUGGGCACAGGAGCCAGUUACUGAGGUUGCCCAAGCCCAUACAGGCCACAGCUCAUGGGGAUGCCAUCCUGGCUGAAGUGGUCCAAAUUUUGUUCUGUUCCUACUUCUGGUCUCCUAGUCCAUGUGUCCUGACCCACCCUGGGACCUCCUUCUGCCAAUGAGUGUUUACAUCCAAUCUCAGUGCAAUAGAGGGAGAUUUUGGGGGCCCUAGGGUGCUUCCUGCUGCUAUACUGAGUUGACACCAUGGUGCUAAUUUGGACACUGUCACCUCAUUUCUGUCCAUGUGCCUCUCUCAGACCUCUAGCGGUUACAGGGUAAUUCAUAUGAUCAUGCGGGAGGGGCUCCAGACACACCUGCCCCCUAUUUUAUUUAGCAGGAGAGGACUGACAGAAUAUCUCACGUUCAUCUGAGAAAUCCACCGGCAUAGCCUAUAUCCAGGCCUGGACUCUAAUCUCUGCACCUCCAGCCUCCAUUGCAGUCAGCAUUCUCCUUAAACUCCGCCUCCACUUUGGCCCCUAGUCUGUGAGGGUCCUAUGGGAAAUAUGAUGAGCAAUGUACAAAUGACGUGUUAUUAUCAUGGGUCGUUUAAUUGUUUAUAACCGUGUCCAGUCUGCCCUUUCAGGAAGUUUUAGGAACUGCACUUCUGGGGCUUUUGGGAGUUGCUGGAAAGGGUUUCGGGAUGAAAUCUGAUGUUUCUUAUUUUGGACCCCCAGGGUUCUGACAUUGCUUUGGGGGCCGGAAAGAAAUAUGUGGUUUCUAUUCUAUUCAUUUCUGUUCCAAUAACAGAUCAGCAUUUUGUGGCUCCUGAUUGGUUACUUACAUUAUUAUAAUGAUUGUAUUUCCCCUUUAAUAUCAGCACAAUAUUAGCUCCCCCAAAUCAGUCCAUUCAUGUGGGGGGGGGUUUAAGGAAUCAUCUGGCAAUAUAUGGAAUACGACACAGUGUGGUUGUGCCAGAUACAUAGCUAAACAUCAUGUUUGGGAAAGGUAUCAGGAGGUUAAAGUGUGAGAAUAUUUGGCCUGCUCUGAUAUAGUGAAUAGAAAGAAUUUUGCAGAGACAUAAGAAGGGGUUAAUUUGAGCAGUGGUGUAGUGGAAUAUUAUUAUGGGAUGUGUCCCGUCUGGGUAAUUGUGGGGGUGGUUGUGUGAGGGGCAUUAUGGGUAGAUACAGGGGAGAGAUUUCCAUGUUUAUAUUUGGGGGCUGUUUAUUGGGGGGCGGCUGUACCGUGACCUCACCGUAUGGCUUCAUAGGAAUAAGUGAUGGAGAUAUAGGGUUAUAUUAUAGAGAUGUUUAUUGGGGUAUAUGUCAGAUUUGUGAAAUGGGCACCAGAUUUUGGCCAAAGAUCAUUUUUCAUUUAAUAUUCACACUGACCCUUUCCCUCUGGCCUGGCCCCCAACUCAUGGGGCCACAGUUCUUCCUUGAGGCUCAGCUGGGGUCCCCCCCAUUUCUCCUGACCUGGCAACAUCCAGCUCGUUUGUGUGAAAUAUCGAUAUUUUCGGACAAACAUGACAAAUUUCUGUGAUUUAGUGACUAAUGCCAGGCGAUACCAUGGGGAACCCACAAAUCCACUUGUAAAUACCAUGUUGGCCCCAGAGGGCUCCAAUCUACGUGCUGUUUAUAACGUCGCUGUUGCGCAAUGUUCCCCAGGAUUUUCCCUGGAGGCAGAAGCAAAUGGGAAUUCCCUGACCAGCAGUGACUGGGGCAAUUGUCUUCCACACAAAGGGGCUUAUUCACUGGGCCUGGGGUGCAAACGUAGAGACUGGGACUGGACUCUGGGACGUUCCACUGGCCCCUCUUCUCAAAGGGAAAAUCUCACUCCAACCACUUUUUAUAGGAAUCUUAAAGGAGAACAAAACGUACAAUAACUGAGGGUGGCAAGUUGUUAAGCACCGGCCCCCAGUGACUUUCAUUCCUUCCUACCCCAACCAAGCCCCUCGUCUGCAAACAAAGCCCCCGUCCAGGGCAACUUUUUCUCUGAGUGUCAAGCUGCCAUAUUGUUCAAUGGACUAGAAUGAAUGGGCGGUGCCUAAUAGCACCUCCCACUGACUUUCAUUCUCUGUGUAAUUAGAGUUGCCCCUUUUGUAUCUGACAAUACCAUCGGGGGGGAGACCUGGGGCAGGUUCAUGAUGUAAGGGGUGGGGUAAAGAUGAAUAUGGGGCGGGGCCAUAAAGUCACCAGCCUAAUUGGAAGGGAAUCUUGGGAGUUUAGAGAUGGGAUUUGGACGAGUUCCAUCCCAGGGCCCAUUCAGCUUAGAGAAAGAAGCAGCAGUUCUGGGAGUCAUUUCCAUGUGACUACAGACAGUGUUACGCAUAGUAUUGAUAGCUUUGUCACCUGCAGUUACAGCAGUAUUUCCACAGGCCUGCAAGAGAACAGCUCCACUCCUGCUUGUGUCUGUAACUACAUGUCAAGGCUGCUGAGGGUUCCUGGGAGUUGUAGUUAAACAACUGGGGGGGGGUCCCUGGUUGGACAGUCUUGUCUCAUGGGCGGGGCCCAAUUUUGUAGCUCCGCCCUGGUACACAAUAUGAUGCACUUUGUAAGCUCUAAAGAUUGUCAGUUGUUUAUUUUUUUGUUUAUCUGUUUAUUUUGCGGAUCUUGUGUUUCCAGUUCAAUUCAGCAAUAAAAUUCUCAAAUUUUGUAAGAAA